AUGAGUGCACAUCCAUUGGGCACGGAACCUUUGUAUCAGUUCGCGCUUGCGCCCAACCCUGCGGAAUGGGGAUCACAUGCUUUGCUCGUCAACACCCCGGAGCCAGACGAUUACCUUCACAAUCCUGACCCGAAGCGUGACCGGAAUAUCGACGCUGGGGGACAUAUUUUUACGGCACGGGGCAUCAGCAACCUCGGAUUCAUGGCGUUUCUUGUACUAGGAAUGCUGAUGUUAUUGUACGUCUCUGUUUGUUUCCCGAUCUAUAGUCAUUUCACGAAACGUAUCCAGUCGACUCAAGGUGCAUUCAAUGUCGGCGGAACAAAUGCUACGGGGCAGGUCGCAUCGCUCCCCGGCCUCGUUAGCCUUAUUGAUGUGGAAACUCCGGCAUCUGCGUACACUAAAGCAUCAUAUAUGAAUGCAAACGAUGAGUGGGAUCUCGUCUUUUCAGAUGAAUUCAAUCUGGAUGGACGCACUUUCUAUCCUGGUGACGAUCCUUUCUGGGAGGCGACGGAUUACCAUUAUUGGGGAACAAAUGAUCUUGAGUGGUACGAUCCAAAACAGGCGACCACCAAGGGUGGCUAUCUCAGGUUGACUCUAGCAAAAGCCGACCCGGCCAGCAACCAUGACUUAUCAUAUGUGUCCGGCAUGACCAGUGAUCUUGCUUGCAGGAAUAAGUUCUGUUUUACUGGUGGCAUCAUCGAAGUCUCUGUCCAAUUACCAGGUUCAAGCAAAAUAUCGGGUCUUUGGCCAGCCGUUUGGACUAUGGGUAACCUCGGCCGUGCUGGUUAUGGCGCUUCGCUUGAGGGCAUGUGGCCAUAUUCGUAUGAUUCGUGCGACGUUGGUACACUCCCUAACCAAACCUACCCCGGGACCAGUUUACCGCAGGCAGCGGUCGAGAAGGGGGACCCUUCCAACUUCAACAUGCUUUCCUACCUUGGUGGUCAACGUCUUUCAGCCUGCACCUGUCCUGGCGAGUCGCAUCCAGGUCCCGCACGGGCAGAUGGGUCGUACGUGGGGCGAUCCGCGCCUGAGAUUGAUAUAUUCGAGGCCACUAUUGAUGGAGGGAUCGGCAAGGUAUCUCAGUCUGGACAAUGGGCACCGUUUAACGCUCAAUAUGACUGGUUGAACACCACCGCGAAUCUGAUCAUUCCGAACCCGGAUAUCACGGCGCUCAAUGGAUAUAAAGGGGGUGUGUACCAGCAGACAACAAGCGGAUUGUCCAUGACAAACCAGAAUUGCUAUGAACUUGAAUCGGGUUGUUUCUCUAUCUAUGCAUUUGAAUAUAAGCCUGGGUUCGACGAUUCUUACAUCACUUGGGUCGUGAACGACACCGUGGCGUGGACGCUCAUGGGUGCGGGCAUGGGUCCAGAUAAACGAACGGAGAUCGGAGCGAGGCCAGUCCCUCAGGAACCAAUGUAUAUCAUCAUGAAUCUAGGGUUCUCGCUCAACUUUGGAUGGAUUGACUUCAAUACGAUCACACUUCCCACUGCCAUGUUGAUCGAUUAUGUGCGUGUCUAUCAGCCAAAGGAUGCGCACAAUGUCGGCUGUGAUCCCCCCGACUUCCCGACUGCGGCUUACAUCGAUACCUAUCUCGAGGCGUACACGAACCCGAACUUGACGUUGUGGAGCUACCCAUCCUUCAACCAAUCGAUGCCCAAGAAUAAGCUGGUUGAUACCUGUUGA